GGGCUCAGCUUGCACACCACAGGCAGUAAAGUAAAGAGGAUUGUAAAAAGGUGUUUAGGCUUUAGUUAAAAAUAUAGAUUUUUGAAAAUUUCUCCGGCUGGUUUAUCAGUCACUUUCUCAACACAAUGUACAGAUUUUAUACCCCCAAUGAGGUGCGGCAGCAUGCCUUCAGUGAUGAUGCUUACGUUUCACUCAAUGAGAAUGUUCUUGACCUCACACCCCUUAUCAAGUCCUAUAAGGCCCGUCCCAAGUUUGCGCAUCUGGUGAUCCCUCUUGUUCGCGCCGCUGGCUCGGACAUUUCUCAUUGGUGGGAUCCUAUUUCUGAUGAUCUGAAAACGUGUGUUAAUGUAGUAAGUGGUAUGCGUACCUAUGCACAACCGGACGGACUCUUUCCUCACGUCCCUACAAUUUUUCCAGACAGUAAUAUAGACCUUGAGUACGACAUUCCAUGGUGGAAAGACCCCCAAUACAUUAUUGGUAAGCUCACCAAGAAGACGAGGCUGGUGCGUAUCAUUAAUACCCUAACAAAUGAUGAGAUUACACUAGAGGUCUGCUGUGAGGAGACGCUACUUAAUAUUCUAGAGGAGCGGUACUUGACUUACAACGCGCAUGCCAGAAGCUAUACCUGGCGGCGGUUGGUACCGGAGCCGCAUGACCUAGACAUGGAGCUAACUCUUGAUGAAAAUGGCAUCAUGGACGAAUCCGAAGGCUUUGAGAAACUAGGUCUUAACGCGGACUAUUACAUCCCGGCUAUUCAUCUCUACUAUGAUGAUGAUUUGACCAUCGCAUGAGGCGAUAUAAAAUUUUCUCUGGUUCGAUUUUUUUAACUCCACGAGCGAUGGGUGUGUAUAGUACGUUCUUUUCGUUGUACACUUAGUGGAAAAAAGGGAGUCAAUGUAUUCCCUCUUCAUGCAUUCGUUUGCUUCAAUGUAACCAAAUAGACAUUUGUAUAUCAAUAUUUUUUAACUAAGCAACUGAGUAUUUAUAUUAAA